CGCGCGGCGGGUGCGGGCGCGCGCGGCGGCGGCGCGUUCCGUUCCGGGCCAAGGCUCGCGGCGGAAAAGUUGCGGGGCAUAGAGGAGCGGCCCCGGGACGGGCAGCUAGCGCGACCCCGAGCCGGCGCCCGUGGUCCGGCCAUGGACGACCUCGACGCCCUGCUGGCGGACUUGGAGUCCACCACCUCCCACAUCUCCAAACGGCCUGUGUUCUUGUCGGAGGAGACCCCCUACUCAUACCCAACUGGAAACCACACAUACCAGGAGAUUGCCGUGCCACCCCCCGUCCCCCCACCCCCGUCCAGCGAGGCCCUCAAUGGCACAAUCCUUGACCCUUUAGAGCAGUGGCAGCCCAGUGGCUCCCGAUUCAUCCACCAGCAGCCUCAGUCCUCAUCACCUGUGUACGGCUCCAGUGCCAAAACUUCCAGUGCCUCCAACCCUCAGGACAGCGUUGGCUCUCCGUGCUCCCGAGUGGGUGAGGAGGAGCACGUCUACAGCUUCCCCAACAAGCAGAAAUCAGCUGAGCCUUCACCCACCGUAAUGAGCACGUCCCUGGGUAGCAACCUUUCUGAACUCGACCGCCUGCUGCUGGAACUGAAUGCUGUGCAGCAUAACCCACCAGGCUUCCCUGCAGAUGAGGCCAACUCAAGCCCCCCGCUUCCUGGGGCCCUGAGCUCCCACUGUGGUGUCCCAGAGACUAACAGCCCCCUGGGAGGCAAAGCUGGGCCCCUGACGAAAGAGAAGCCUAAGCGGAAUGGGGGCCGGGGCCUGGAGGACGUGCGGCCCAGCGUGGAGAGUCUCUUGGAUGAACUGGAGAGCUCCGUGCCCAGCCCUGUCCCUGCCAUCACUGUGAACCAGGGCGAGAUGAGCAGCCCGCAGCGCGUCACCUCCACCCAGCAGCAGACGCGCAUCUCAGCCUCCUCUGCCACCAGGGAGCUGGACGAGCUGAUGGCUUCGCUGUCGGAUUUCAAGAUCCAGGGCCUGGAGCAAAGAGCGGAUGGGGAGCGGUGCUGGGCGGCUGGCUGGCCUCGGGACAGCGGGCGGAGCAGCCCCGGAGGGCAGGACGAGGGAGGGUUCAUGGCCCAGGGGAAGACAGGGAGCAGCUCGCCCCCUGGGGGGCCCCCGAAACCCGGGAGCCAGCUAGACAGCAUGCUGGGGAGCCUGCAGUCCGACCUCAACAAGCUGGGGGUUGCCACGGUCGCCAAAGGAGUCUGCGGGGCCUGCAAGAAGCCCAUCGCGGGGCAGGUUGUGACCGCCAUGGGGAAGACGUGGCACCCCGAGCACUUCGUCUGCACCCACUGCCAGGAGGAGAUCGGAUCCCGGAACUUCUUCGAGCGGGAUGGACAGCCCUACUGUGAAAAGGACUACCACAACCUCUUCUCCCCGCGCUGCUACUACUGCAACGGCCCCAUCCUGGAUAAAGUGGUGACAGCCCUUGACCGGACGUGGCACCCUGAACACUUCUUCUGUGCCCAGUGUGGAGCCUUCUUCGGUCCGGAAGGGUUCCACGAGAAGGACGGCAAGGCCUACUGCCGCAAGGACUACUUCGACAUGUUCGCACCCAAGUGUGGCGGCUGCGCCCGGGCCAUCCUGGAGAACUAUAUCUCGGCCCUCAACACGCUGUGGCAUCCUGAGUGCUUUGUGUGCCGGGAAUGCUUCACACCAUUCGUCAACGGCAGCUUCUUCGAGCAUGACGGGCAGCCCUACUGUGAGGUGCACUACCACGAGCGGCGCGGCUCACUGUGCUCCGGCUGCCAGAAGCCCAUCACUGGCCGCUGCAUCACCGCCAUGGCCAAGAAGUUCCACCCCGAGCACUUCGUCUGUGCCUUCUGCCUCAAGCAGCUCAACAAGGGCACCUUCAAGGAGCAGAACGACAAGCCUUACUGUCAGAACUGCUUCCUCAAGCUCUUCUGCUAGGCGCCCUGCCCCUGUCUCUGCCCCCCUUCCCCAGCCAGCAUCCCCAACUGCUACUGUGACCCAGAGACUUUGCCCGGGGGUGAAGGGGUAAACCCACUGAAACUGGAACCCUCGUUCUCGGCUGGUGCAGGAGGGACAGGGCCGUGAGGGGUCCCCCUGCUUGUCUUCACCCCUGCCGGAGCCUCUGGGCCCCCUCCUCCCUCCUACAGCUCUCCCCAGGCUGCCCACUCCAUCCUCCCCACGGAUAGAGGCUGGGGGCCCCACCCCAGCCCACGUACGUCCCCAUGAACUGGCCUGGCCAGCACCCCACACUGGAGCCAUCUCUUCCUCAUAUUUCUGCAGUGCAGCCGGAGGGCAGGGAAGGGCAGGCAGGGUCUGUUGGGGUCUCUUUUUACCCUUAUUUUCCCCCUGACCUAAUUGUCUUUGUUCUGUGAUUAUUGGGGGACACCCGGCUCCCUCCAGACAAUGCCAGCAUAAAUCCAUCCAUCCAAAGGCAGAGAACCCAAGGGGCCAUGGAAGGUUCUCUGUGCUCCUCCUACCCUUCCAGUGCCCUAGGCCUCGCAACUGCCCCUGCCUUUACCCGCCCUCCCCUUUUAUACCCGCUCUGGUUCUACUGAGAAAAGCCUCUCCAGCAAUAAUGUUUUCUAGUCACUUCCUCCGUCUCCGGGACGGCGUGCCUGGACACUGUACCGACUUUGAUAGAUUUCUACACUGAGGUUUGAAUUCAUAUCGCCUGAGUUGCUUUUACUUCUCUAUACAAAAUGAUUUUGAAGAGAUUUUAAAGAUGUUCCCUUUUGUAUUCUCUUCUUUGUCCACCGCCACUGGGCCUGUCACUGAUGGUGGCCCUGGUGUGGAGUUUGCUUUGUACUGAGGGUCGGGGUGGGAAAGCAAUUUGUAUUUUAUUUUUUCUUAGCACAAGCAGGUGAACUGGGAGCAGCCCUGUGACUCGCCCUCUUUCACUUCAUAGCUCACCAGGACUGUUUUAUAAACUGCUGUAUUUGGAAACCCCUUCUUUACUUCCCAGGCCAGCAAGCUCUUCACUGAAACUGGUUGAAGGGUAUCGCACCCUUUUGGGCCUAGAAUUCUGAACCUCAUCUGUUCUGUUUCUGUGGGAGGAGAAGGGGAAAGUAUGUUUUGGGGGGCUGCUUCCUGUCUAAGCCCUCGGGAGCCUCUGCUCCCCUGUGAACCCACUGAACCUUCUGAGUCCCCACCGCUUCUGUGGGGCUCUCUCUUCUGCCUUCUCAGGAAAGCUGGUGUCCGAUUUUGGCCAUCAGGGCUCUGACGUCUCUUUGGUCUUGUUGAUUUCCUCUGGGCAUAUCCCUUCCCCAGAUCUGCUCCUCCCCUUUCACAGGUGGGAUCGGCACUCAGGGGGUCAGGAAAGAAGGUCAUAAAGGAGCAUGAUAGGAUUUGGGGCAGAGGGACAGCCUCCUCUGGGGAAAGCCCCAGAGCUCUUUACCGAGGAUGAAAGAGGAGCCAGGCCUUGGGCUCCUGAUCAAGAAAAAGGGGCCCCACCGGGAUCUAAUGGUGAGAGUCCAAACCACUCCACUGGCCUCCUGGCAGAAGCCGUGUGUGCUGGGGUCUCCGAAGAGGGUCCCUCCUUUGUUUGUGGGGGAAGGUCAGCCUGGCCCCUCCAAAGGUCUGAUGUCUCCACUUCCACCCACAGGCCUUACCGCUCUGUUUACAGUGACUCCCCCCAGACCCUCCCCAAGAGGGACUGGGGUCUCUGGGGUCUACUCUCUGAGUCAAUGGUUAUUUGAAAAUUUGAUUUUGAUUUUAUUUUUUCUCUGUAAACUUCUAACCUGGCUUUUCCCAUUUCAAUUCCUGUGAUUUAUGCCAAUAAAGUUUGCCCAUGAUUUUCA